AUAUAGCCGGGUCAGCUAGUGAAAGUCUUCAAACAUAACUGUUUAAACCAAUUGAUAUAUUUUUGACUAUUAUUAAUACAUUUUGAUUUAUCGGUUUUUUUACUGUUAAUGCUAUAAUUUGAUUUAUCGGUUUUUAAAGUUCGGUUUUCUGAACAAGUUAAACGUCAUUCCCUUUGAUAAAUUGUCAUUGAAAUUGGGUGUCUCUGUCAUGGUCUCUGUCAGUCUUGUGCUUGUGUCAGACAGAAGUCAAGUCUGAGUUUUCGUGUCGAUAAAUUAAUGAGUGGACAAAAUUAAAAAUGAAAUAAAUUAGUAUAUAAAUGAUAGUUUGGAAUAGUUUCUAAACAAUAAGUGUAUCGGCUCUGUCCAUUUAAUUUUGAUUUGAGUGUAUAUUUUCACUUAUACAAAUUGUUUUACGUUUGACUUGGAGUAAAGUUUAUAUCUAAAAUGAAUCACGAAGAGAAUAAAAUUAUGGCUCACCGGCAGCAUGUGAAAUAUUUUAUGAGAUUUCUGAACAUUUUACCUUCGUCAUUGUCGUCACAUGAUACUACCAGAGUAACAAUUGCAUAUUUCUCUGUGUCUGGGCUAGAUGUUCUUGGUGCGAUAUCAACAGUGUCUUUGGAUCUAAGGACGAGAAUAAUAGAAUGGAUUUAUAGACUUCAAGUACAUCCAGAUAAGAAUAAUGGCGACAUGUCGAUGUGCGGUUUCCAAGGGUCCUCAACAAUAAAUAUAGAUUUGGAUCCCCCCAACAAUCACUAUCGUUGCGGACAUCUAGCUAUGACGUAUACCGGCCUUUGUAUCCUGCUUGCAAUGGGUGAUGACCUCUCUAGAGUCAAUAGGAAAGCUUUAGUCGCUGGUGUAAAAGCUCUGCAAACGGAGGAGGGUAACUUCGCAGCCACGCUGUCUGGCUGCGAGUCCGACAUGCGCUUCGUGUAUUGCGCGGCGUGCGUCAGCUACAUACUCAAUGAUUGGUCCGGAUUCAAUAUUGAGAAGGCUACAGACUAUAUCAUUAAAUCUAUAGGCUACGACUACGGCAUCGCUCAAUGUCCGGAGUUAGAAUCGCACGGUGGCACGACCUUCUGUGCCUUAGCCACGUUGAGCCUUACGAACCAACUACACAAACUGUCAGAACAACAAGUGGAAGGCCUGAAGCGGUGGCUUCUCUUCAGGCAAGUCGACGGCUUCCAAGGCAGACCUAAUAAGCCAGUCGAUACGUGCUACAGUUUCUGGGUUGGAGCGUCUUUGAAAAUACUAGAUAUGCUACAAUACUCCAACUAUGGAGCCAACAGGAGGUACGUCUACGAGACUCAAGACACAGUAGUAGGCGGAUUCUCUAAAUGGCCCGACACGUGCACAGACCCCAUGCAUACAUAUCUAGGCCUUGCUGGCCUCAGUUUAAUAGGCGAAAGCGGAUUAUUGGAGAUAGAACCGACGCUUAACAUAACUAAAAGGGCGUACGAACAUCUGAAGUCUUUGCACGCGAAGUGGGACAAUGAAGAUCUCCAUGUUUUAUGAAUACCUCUCACAUGGUCGUGAGAAACUGUUCGUAAUUGUGAAUGACUUUGUUAAUGUUUACUUGGCGUGUGUUCAUGAGGUCGGAUUGUGACGCGGGCUCUACUGCACAAAUGAAGGACCAAGUUUAAUUGUUAAUUAGAACGAACACAUUUUUAAUGUAACGCGUACAAUUUGCGCUUCUAAAUUCACAGUUAGAACAGUUUCCUACCAACCUCGUUCGACCUAAGAUUUCUAUGAAUUUUAAGUUACCUACCGAAAUUGUCGUAAUUUAUAUAAAUAAGUUUAUAAAAAUGUUCUUUAUGCUAAAGUAUUAUUACUGUUGCAUAAUUCUUUUGUAUAAUAUUGAAUUUGUUAGUACUUAAAGUAAUGUUUAUGAAUAAAUAGGUGCUAAUACUAUAGGGUACCUAGGUAUAGGGUACCUAGCGGUGUCAUUGGACAACGAGUAAUUGUUUAGCAUUAUAUAGUACAAUAUGAGAAUUUCUCGCGACGUGCCAUGAGCAGUUGAGUAGUUAGGCAUUUAUCAAAUUAUUGCACAAAAUGUAAUUUUAAGCUGUUUCGUAAUAAUAGAUGAUUUAGGGCGCAGUCAUAGAUGUUUUUACGAGAUUCAAAUAGACAUAGAUGUUUUAACACAGUCAAUUUAAAUACAUGGAAAUGUCAAGUAAUAAUAAUAUGGUUCGUUCAUUGUAGGUAGCAUGUUUAAAAGUUGGUAGGCUUAUACAAUACAUGUCUUGUGAAAGACAUUUCAAUUAUCAACAUUUUUAGGAAAAAUGCACGAUUAUUGGUUUUUGAAAAGCAUUGAAAUUCAAUAGAUAGACUUAUAGAAUAUCAUCAAAUGACUGCUUCCGCCUGGGUGAGGCGGGAGGGAGUGUCAGACUCUUACUGACUAAAAACCACCCCGUUCCUUCUCCUGCACGUCGAGUCGGAGCCCCGGUUACCCGUUAGGUUCUCCGCGACAUAGAUAGACGAUUGGAUGCUUCCGUUCACUUGAACAUAGUUUACUGAUUAUGUUCUGAACAUACAGUUUAAAGUAUUAUUCAAAAGAUAAGUGUAAUGCCAUUAGAAUGAAUUACAUAACGUACCAAUCAAAGUGGAACUAAUUAUCUAGAAUUUAAAUGCUCAGAAUUUCAUUAUAGAAACGUCAAUUAAUUCAUUUCGGCUCCUACGUCAUUCUUCAUUUAGUUUUACAUCCCACAAUUAUUUUCAUUUCAGGUUGUCUCGUUGAGACAGUAGUUAGGUUUGAUGUUCAGUAGUAGCAGUAGCAGGGAGGCUAAAUGUGUUCUGUGUGUAUUAAAAUUAUAUUUGUUAUGCGUAUGUGGCAAUAAACAAACAUAACAUAAAAUAAAAUAACAUAACAU